AUGGAAGUUAAGAUCAUAGAGACCAUCCCAAUCCGCCCUUCCCAACACCCUUUCUCACAAGACCAUUCCCUCCCUCUCUCCCGCCUCGACACCGAUCCCAAUCUCGACGUCACCAUUCGCUACGUUCGGGUUUACGUCAACAACACCAGCACCACCACCACCAACCACCACCGCCAAAACUCACCCGUUCGACGCCUGCCUUUAACCAACGCCACGGUCAGUGCGACGCUGGCUUCCGUCAACUACCUGGAUGAACCGGGUUCAGAGUUCACGGACCGGUUGGCACCCAACCCAAGCCCGGACGAGAGGCUGGUCCAUCCGUUUAUGCUUCAGGUCACGACAUUUGAGUGCGGCGGUUUCGCCCUGGGAGCCGCGGUGAACCACGCAUUGUGUGACGGGAUGGGUGCCACCAUGUUUUUCAAUGCUGCCGCCGAGCUGGCUCGUGGGGCGGACAAGAUCUCGGUUGAGCCGGUCUGGGAUCGGGAGGGUGUUUUUCGACCGCGUGACCCGCCCCGGGUUGAAGAAUGGGUUGGUGAGGUUUUGGGCCGGAAGGAAGGAAUGGUCGGACCGGGCGGGGAUGGAGAUGGGGUGGCUGGUGGGAAGGUGGUUAGGAGUUACUGUUUUGAUGUCAGAGACGAGUGGGUGGAGGGAUUCAAGAAUGCUUUGGUUCAGAAGUGUGGCUCCAAGUUCACCACGUUUGAGGCCUUAGGAGCAUUCAUAUGGCGGGCCAAGGUGAAGGCCUCGGGAAUCUCUGCCCACGAGUUUGUAAAAUUCGUCUAUGCCAUCAACGUUCGCAAAUUGGUGAAGCCACCGUUGCCGGCGGGCUACUGGGGAAACGGCUGCGUUCCGAUGUGCGUCCAACUGCAAGCGAAGGACCUCCUUGAGCAGCCCAUCUGGCGGACGGCGGAGCUGAUCAAGCAGAGCAAGCGACACGUGGCCGCCCCAGACGGGUACGUGAGUUCCUUCAUCGACUUCAUCGAGCUACACGGCGGAGAAAUUGUGACGGCGGCGAGCAGCUGCAGGGUGACCAGUGGGUUCACGGAUUGGAGACACUUGGGCCAGAUGGGCGUGGAUUUCGGGUGGGGCAACCCGGUCACCGUUUUGCCGCUUUCGACGAGGAGGUUGUUGGGGAGCGACGAGCCUUGCUUUUUCUUGCCGCAUUCUUCUGUCGGUGAAGGCAAGGGAGAUGGUGGGUUUAAGGUGCUGGUGUUGCUAAGUGAGGCGGCCAUGCCAGGGUUCAAGAUCGAGAUUGAUAAAUUUUGCAGCCAGGAAUUUGGGCAACUUUAA